CAUACGUGAAUAUAGAUAUCUCCAAAAAUUUUUGCAGACAUUUAAGAAUUAUAAACAUUCAAUUUACGUGAUGUCGAUGUAUUAUUUCUAAACAAAAAUUUCUCUCGAUUUUAUUCAACAUAGUGAAAAUGUAUAAAACAUAAAUAAUUAAAGUACCGAAAAGUAUUUCAAAAUCUCUCGCAGUAGAAAUAUCGAUAUCUUGCGACAUCGAUAGCGAGCACAUGCGUGCGAUGAUUGCGAAGUCGACAAUGUCAGACGGGAUUGUGGCAUUUAAAAAUGGCGUAGUAGGUUCGAGUGGGUGAAGGAGGUUAGGAAAUAGAACAAAAUAGAAGGUGGAAACGGGGUGUCCUUUUGUAUUUAAAUUAUGUCCGUACUCACCGCGAGGAUGAGGCGAUUGUUUAAGACUACCGGGUUCAUGUUGCGGACUUACGCGGAAUUCUGCCGCGCAAUGUGUCUGAGGGGCAUGAAGAGCGCCGCAAAACAAAGCUAUACGAAAACCGUAUUACUACCACAAACCAAUUUCCCGGCGCGAAUCGGUGGCAGGAAACGGGUGGAGAUGGAUAGUUAUUUAAUAGAGAAAUGUGGCUUCUUGGAAUUAUACAACUGGCAAAGGCAGAAUCUUAAGGGACCAGACUUUAUCUUGCACGAUGGGCCACCGUAUGCAAACGGAGAGCUGCACAUGGGUCAUGCUAUUAACAAGGUCCUGAAGGAUAUUACAUUAAGAAGCAAAAUUAUAACAGGCAGGAGGGUGCAUUACGUCCCAGGUUGGGAUUGUCAUGGCUUACCAAUUGAACAGAAAGUGCUUAGUGAUAUAAAAGAUGUGAAAGACAGUCCCUUAGAGAUUCGCCGUAAAGCUGGAAGAUACGCAAGCGACGCUAUAGCAAAGCAACGACAAGUCUUUACAUCGUGGGGCAUUACAGCUGACUGGAGCGAAUCGGGAUGUUAUUUCACGAAUCAUGUCUCAUACGUGAAGAAUCAGAUGCAACAGUUUGUAAAUCUAUAUGACAAAGGGCUCGUGUUUAGAGCUUUUAAACCAGUGCACUGGUCCCCGUCCUCCAGAACGGCAUUAGCAGAGUCGGAACUGGAAUACAACGAGUCUCACGAGAGCAAAAGUGUUAUUGUUCGCAUGCGACUUGAUACGCAUACAUUAACCUCGAGAUUAAAGAAUUUGGAGAAUAGACCACUCUAUGCCCUUAUCUGGACCACUACACCAUGGUCACUGAUAGCUAAUCAAGCUAUAGCUUUCGCCAGUAACAUUGCAUACUGCAUUGUGGAAGACAAUUCGAAAACUUUAUACAUUCUUGCACAAGAGCGCUUGGCAGAUAUUGAGCAAAAGCUUGGUCCGUUAAAAUUGAUUACGACUAUUAUGGGACGGGAAUUGAGCGAAGCCAAAUAUCUUCAUCCUAUUACCAAACGACAUUUGCCAUUCUUGUCCGGGCAUCACGUUACAACCAAUGUUGGUACUGGGCUGGUUCACACAGCUCCCGCGCACGGUAACGAGGACUUUCUCGUCGCUGUUGAGAAUAAUAUACCAGUGUUAUCUUUGAUAGACGACGAUGGAUGUUUCACCAAAGAAGCGGGCGACGAAUUCUCCGGCUUAAACGUCCUGACGAACGAUUGCGCUAACAAGAUCUUGCAACGUAUCGGUGAAGACGUGCUGCACGCUGGCACAAUUACGCACAGCUACCCGUACGAUUGGCGAACCAAGAAGCCUGUGAUCAUCCGCGCGAGUCACCAAUGGUUCAUAGACAUAAUGUCUAUUAAGGAGAGGGCGAUUGACAGCAUCGCGAAUAUAAGGAUAUAUCCGGAGCAAAAUCGGACGUCGUAUUUGAACGCGUUGAUCGCUCAAGUUAAGCAACGACCGUAUUGGUGUAUCUCGCGACAACGAGCCUGGGGAACGCCGAUACCGGUGUUGCACAAUAAACGAACCGGCGAUACGUAUACGAGCAGAAAAUGGGUCGAGAGAUUGUGCAAACUGAUGGAGCGACACGGUACCGACUAUUGGUGGGAGCUGUCUACCGAGAAAUUAAUUGGUCGUGAACUUCGGCAGGAAUUAAACGACAAUAUAGAUGAUUUGGAGAGAGGAACCGAUAUCAUGGAUAUCUGGUUGGAUAGCGGUCUCUCGUGGUCGGCCGUUUUGCCGGAACAUAAAGCAGAUUUGUAUUUAGAGGGAAUGGAUCAAUUUCGCGGUUGGUUUCAGUCAUCAUUACUAACAUCUAUUGCUCUUCAAGAACGUCCUCCCUACAGCGCGCUAUUCGUGCAUGGAUUCGCUGUAGACGAUAAAGCCUCGAAAAUGUCGAAAUCAAUUGGAAAUGUCCUAAAUCCCGAGAUAAUUACUAAAGGUGGAGAAAAUUUGAGUAAAAAUCCAGCAUAUGGCGUUGAUACUCUAAGAUGGUGGGUAGCUAGUCAUGGAUGUCAACACAGUCAGGUUCCGGUCACAACCGCAUUGUUGAGCGAGAGUCACGAAACUGUACAAAAAUUGCGCUUAGUCUUACGAUUCCUCUUGGGUGUUUUACAUUCGUAUAGCGAGGGAAACAUAGUCGAACCGGAAUAUCUCUAUCUUGACAAAUACAUGCUGCAUGCUUUGCAUCAAUAUAAUAAAGAGAUUCAGGGCUUGUACGACAAUUAUUUGUAUCAUCACGCGUGUAAAUUGAUAACGAAUUUCCUGACGAACACCGUGUCCCCGGUAUAUUGUCACUUGAUCAAGGAUAGACUUUACUGCGACGAAGCAGCGUCCCCGACGCGUCUAGCCGCGGUAGAAGUAACGCGUGGGACCCUGACCGUACUCGCGAGAUCUAUCGCGCCGAUCGUUCCGCAUUUAGCGGAAGAAGUGUGGCUGUACCAUCCUGAAAAUUUGGCAUCAGUGCCAUUGUAUCAUUCUGAAUAUAAAGUGUCAGAAACUUGGCAUCAACCGGAAAUCGCUAGGCAUGUACAGACAGCUCUGAACUUGAGAAGUAAGGUGAACACAUUAUCUGAUCGUUACACGUGGGAAUUGUCGGGCAUCUUAAAGGCUUCAAAGGAUGAUUAUGAAUCACUUUCGAUGCUUCAAAAAGAUCGGGAAUCCUCCACGUCGGAGCUAUGCGACAUUUUGCAACUCUCGUCAAUUAUAUUGAUAGAAUCACCCACGGUAACCGAAACGCAGGUUGAGUUACGAAAUAUUGAAAAAAUGAUCUGCCAAAGAUGCAGGCGACAUCCCGAAUUAGAUAAAAACGGCCUUUGCGGUCGUUGCGCUAAGGUACUCGACGUGGCGAAUGUAUCGUCGAUAUCCGUGUGAGCGAGUUAGUGGUUGGCAAUUUCUUAACUAUCGCGUUCAUUUUGCUAAAUAAAUAAAUAUAAAAAAA